AUGAUGAAUAACGAAGAAGUAAUCGUGGAAACGUUUCCACGGGAGCUCACCCAGAACCCGCUGAGGAAAAUUUGGAUGCCGUGUAAAAACGGGCGACCUGAAAAGCACAUUUCUCAGAGAAGGGUUUGUACAACCAACUGCCCGACCCUCAUUGUGACAGUAGGACUACCAGCCAGAGGGAAGACUUACAUCUCAAAGAAGCUAACUCGCUACCUUAACUGGAUAGGCGUGCCAACCAAAGAGUUCAACGUGGGCCAGUACCGGAGAGAGUGUGUGAAGAUCUACAAGUCCUUUGAGUUUUUCCGUCCAGAUAACGAAGAAGGCCUCAAAAUUAGACGUCAGUGUGCACUGGCAGCUCUGAACGAUGUUCGCCAGUAUCUGAGUGUCGAGGGAGGACAGGUGGCGGUCUUUGAUGCUACAAACACAACAAGGGAAAGAAGAGCGACCAUCAUCAAGUUUGCAGAGCAGAAUGGGUUCAAGGUAUUUUUUGUGGAGUCCGUAUGUGAGGACCCAGACGUCAUUGCAGAGAAUAUAGUGCAAGUGAAGCUAGGUAGCCCCGACUACAUACACUGUAACACAGAGGACGCCGUGGAGGACUUCAUGAAGAGGAUCAAGUGUUACGAGACAUCUUACCAGCCUCUGGACGAGGUUCUCGACAGGGAUCUGUCCUACAUUAAGAUCAUGGACGUGGGGCGGCGUUACCUGGUGAACCGCGUCGUUGACCACAUCCAAAGCCGGAUCGUCUACUACCUGAUGAACAUCCACAUCACACCACGCUCCAUCUACCUGUGCCGCCACGGGGAGAGUGACCUCAACACCAAGGGACGCAUCGGAGGCGACGCUGCACUAUCUGCCAGGGGCAAGGAGUUUGCCAAGCAUCUGAGGAAAUUCAUCCAGGACCAGAACAUUAAAGAUCUGAAAGUGUGGACGAGCCAGAUGAAGAGAACGAUCCAGACUGCAGAGGCUCUGGGCGCGCCAUACGAACAGUGGAAGUCUCUCAACGAGAUCGACGCAGGUGUGUGUGAAGAAAUGAUGUACGAAGAGAUCCAGGAGCAUUUCCCUCUGGAGUUUGCCCUGCGAGACCAAGACAAAUACCGCUACCGUUAUCCUAAAGGAGAGUCAUAUGAGGACCUGGUGCAGCGAUUGGAGCCUGUGAUCAUGGAGCUGGAGAGACAGGAGAACGUACUUGUCAUCUGUCACCAGGCCGUCAUGCGCUGCCUCCUCGCAUAUUUUCUGGACAAGACGGCAGAUGAAUUGCCUUACCUAAAGUGCCCCUUGCACACCGUGUUGAAGUUGACGCCUGUGGCUUACGGCUGUAAGGUGGAGUCUGUAUGUCUGGGUGUGGAGGCGGUGAACACACACAGGGACAGACCAGAGAAUGUCAGUGUGCAGCGCACCACAGAAGAUGCUCUGCAAACAGUCCCAGCUCACUUCUAAUCCCCUGCACUUCGGCUCCAGUGGAGACUUUGUUCGGACCUCUGAACAGCACAGGCGUGAGAUCGAUAUGGGAAUGAUCCAGUUUGAACGGCCUGCCACGAGAGCUUCAUGACUGAUCCAAGCUGCCAAUCUUCCCAGACCCAACUAGUAAAGCACUUUCACUAAAUGUAAUGCAUUUUUAUACACUGUCUGUUGUGAAGUGUACUGUACUGUUGCUGUCCAUCAUAUCCCAGUAAUGCACACUAAAGGAAAACGCCAUUGUUUUUGACAUGGGUCUAGUGUUGUUCUUGCAUGGUUAGAGUGGAAAACUUUAAACAUGCAGCAUCUUUUUUUUUUCCAUAUUUACAUUUGAUGUGGUCUGUUUUGUGUGCUAAGUGAACACUGCCAUACAGUUCCAGCAUUUCUUGAGAUUUGUUUGUCCGUUUUGUAUAGAUCAAAUCUAUCGUGAACUUAAGGGAGACUGUGAGUAAGGCUGUCCCAAUCCCCAGCGUCUUCUAUUGAUGUGCCCUUGAGCAAGGUGUUAAGUUGAAGCUGCUAAGUAGACAUGAGAAAGAGUACAAAAUUGUUGUGCCAGGUGUGAUGACAGUGUGUAAGGGAAACUGAUGUUGGUUGCUGCCUAAAAAGAGCCUUUGUGUUUGGUGUACCUGUUUUGGGUAAAAAAUAUAUUUAUUAAAAAGUGGAUUUCUGACAUUCCAUGGGUAAAGAUAAAAUUCAGAUGAAAAUGCCACUAUAGUCAAAUGACCCCCCACCACCGACCCCCUGCGCUGCAAUUUAAGCAGGACGUCUUCCUCAGUGACUAUUGUGGGACCGCAGUGCAAAUUUCCAGACAAAAACGACACAAUUUAGCAUUAUAUCUGCUUCAGUUGUGCAUUUUUGGUUGGUUUUCAAUGUUUGUUGAAAUACUACGUCAAGUAUUCAGUUAUUAUAAAAUGUCUCCAGAAUAUCUAAGUUAUGGAUAAAUGAGCCAAAAUCCAAGGCAGUGUUUUGAUUUUUAUCGUGUAAACCAAUUCUGUCUUUUAAGUGAACUCCUGUAAUUAUUUGGGUGUAUAAAGAAAGGUGCUGUGCAAACUGUACAUGUAGGUUUGACGUACGUUAUAUGUGCAUAAUUGUCUUGUGUGCAUUGUACAGUGUGUCGUUUUUGAAGAAUUCUGUAUACAAUUUGUGUACUGUCGCACCUUUGAUAUUAUACAUGACUGUACGGGAAAUGUAAAUCUAAAUGCCUUGUUCCUCUUCAGUUCUCACAUUUCAAUAAACAUUGAAUUCUUGGGAGAAAUGAA